AUGCCGUUGUCAAAUCGCCGUCGCGCGCGGCGCAAGGAAAUUCAACUGCAGGAAACAUCCGACGCCGAGGCCCCAGACUCGUCACCCAGUCGCCCAUCCGCAAAGAAGCGCAAGGUUGAUCGCCGCGCCUCUCCCACACGAAAUGCAGUCAAGAACGAGUCCGCCGACGAAGCCGAGGACUCGGCAGGUGAACAUGAUCAAUCCGCUCACCAGGAUAUUGUCGACCUGGUCAUCUCGUAUCUAAACACCCCGCGCGAGGAACUGCGCGUCUCGCGCGACCAUUCCAACACCAAGACCGAGAACAAGCAGAGUAUUCAAGCAUAUGCCAAGAUCGCCGGCCGCAACUGGACCUAUUACGUCAAGACGCUGCAUGUCAAUAUCGGUCGUGAACCUGAUCGUGAGCAGAGAUCGACCGAGCAGUCCAGUCCCGUAACCAUUGCUGCCCGUGCGCUCCCCGAUGUCCAUGUUGAUUUGGGCCCCAGCAAGUUUGUCUCCCGUCUGCACGCAGAAAUCUUUUAUGAUGGCGAAGAGACCCCUGCCUGGCACAUCCGCGUCAACGGCCGUAAUGGCGUUCGUCUGAACAAUGCGAUUCUUAAGCGCGGCGCUGAUGCUAUUCUCCAUUGCGGUGAUAUCAUCGAGGUAGCCAACUGCCAGAUGAUGUUCGUUACGCCCGGCGACGACGCAAAUAUUCAGCCCAGCUUUAUUGAGCGCGCCCAGCGCAUUGCAAGUGGUCAGGAACCUGAUCCAGCUUCGCAAGCAUGGGAUGUCCCGCAGCAUGCUCACCCCUCGGCAUCGCAAGCUACCGAGCCUGUACGGCCAUCAUCUUCCGGUGGUCCCUCGCUGGCGCCAGCACCUCAAUUCUUGAAGCGACAGGUCACCCCGCCCCCGCGGUCACCCGAUACCGUUGGACAGCGUACAGCCAAGCAGUCUCCACUCUACAAUCGAGGCAUGAUGAUGGAGAGUACGGAGGAGAUUGACUACAGCAAGGACUCGGCCAAGGACCUGAAGCCGCCAUACAGCUAUGCCAACCUCAUUGCGCAAGCUAUUUUCUCUAGUGAAGAGGAGAAGCUCACCCUCAAUAGCAUUUACAACUGGAUUAUGGAUCGCUAUGCGUUCUACCGGCACUCGCAGAGCGGCUGGCAGAACUCCAUCCGCCACAAUCUGUCAUUGAACAAGGCAUUCCAGAAGGUGCCUCGCCGGACUGAUGAGCCUGGUAAGGGAAUGAAGUGGCAAAUUGCUGCUGAGCACCGUGAGGAAUACCGCAAGAAACAGAUGCGCAAGGGCACACAGUCGUCUGCCCCAUCGUCCCCCGCUACCAAAGAACCUCCUUCCUCCGCGCGGGGCACCCACGUUGCGGCGUUAGACACUUCCUUCGCGGCUACCGCUAAAAAGUCCCCUCCCGUCUCUUCUCCUGGCUUCAGCUCGUUCCCCGUGGCCCCUGUUGAGGCAUAUACCCCCGAGCGUGGCUCUCGCCUUGGCCGUGGAGUCGGGUCCGACCACCCACUGCGGCACAUGAAUCCGCGUGACUACGAGGAGCCUUCUCCUUUGCCCGCGCGCUCACACAAUGGUAACACUGCGAGUUCUAGCCGCGUGCAAAAUAGCAGCAACAAUCUCAGCCGUGCCUAUGGAUUGUCGGACAACGUGGCCGGGUCACCACCCGUGCUUUCGUCCUCGUAUUACGACGAAGGCCCUUCAUCAAUGAUCACGCCCGCUCCUCAGCGGCAGCAACCGCGCCUGCCGCCGCCUAGCACGGCACAGAUCCCAUCAAAGUUCAUGCCGAUGAGCUCCCCCGCGCAAUUCUGGAAGUUUGCCGAUAUUGGCAGCACGCCUGCUCGGCCCGUGCCGGACAUGAGUCCACUCAAGGGUGAGCCGGACGAGCGUAUCAUCGGUGGCUUCCCGAGCAGCAGUCCGCCUCCGCCGAAUUUGGCGAGCCCGAGUAAACCUGGAACAUCGAAUGGGCUAGGAUCGAGUCGCACACUGCCACCGCUGCAGUCUGAUGGAGAUAUGGGGGGUCGUGGACCGAUCAAGGAGGAGCGGAUGCGUGAAGAGGAUGAGGAUGAUGGGGGAGGUUUUGACUUGGCUCGUGGAUUCCAGCCCAUUGGCUCGUAUCAUCGGCAGCUCAGCAAUGCUGCCCGGGCGACUGCCACUUAG